ACACACACAGUCUGUAUUAAAAGCUUAAAACUGACUCUUCUUCACAGCAAACUGACACUGUAUCGGCGACACCUCGUCGUUUGGGAAAUGUCCCGUAAUCGAACUCGACGGAGUGAGAAAACCGGCGCCGGAGGUUCAGAGGUCACACAGUAUUGUGAUCUACAGUAUGGAGGUGUAACCUGACCUCAGCGAGGCCUGCGCGCUGUGAAUCCCGAACACGGUUUCCGUAUGACGCCGACGAACCGACUUCUAGAGCCUCACGAACACGACGCCUCGCCUUCAGAGACGACUGUGAAGACGUGCGGGUCGAGCCGAUUGACCCCUGACCCCUCCUGCCCUCGACCUUCGCAGAUGCUGAAGGAUCAUUUUCGGUCCAUCGUCGUCUAUGCCGAAACAAAUAUGUGGCGUUUAAGACAUGAGGUUCUCGUUUGUGUCUUCCACAUGAGCUGCAAAUUAGCUUGUUGUUUCUUCUCUCAGAAAGACCGACGUAAACAAAGCAACCGGCAAAUAUGUUUUUAACCCCCCCCCCACUCUGAAAAAUCACAUGUCGUGUUAAACACACAAGGGCACCACAUAUUACAGCCUUUUUCCAACUCGUGCGAUUGUAAGCAAACAUGUCACGACUGCAUGUGUCGACUCGUGUUUUUUUGUUUUUUUCAAGAGCGCACUGGAGCUGCCGACAUGCCUCGUGCAUGUUCCUCCCUUGCCUUUCUCGCAGUAAAAGAGGAUGUGUGACAUCUGGAAGCGCUCAGGAGGCAGGACUCUAACCCCACCCCACCCCCCCCCGUCGUUUCUUAGGGCACAAACAUCAAAGCAGGCGCGCGAGAUAAUGUUUUCUCUCAAAGGUGCUUCAGCGGCGAGCCCCCGCAGCCUCACACCGGCCUAAUGUGGAUGAUGAGGCACUUUCGGACACGUAUAGGACAGGUGUGAAAAGGCUGAGAUACGGGACAAACUGGAAGUAGCUGGAAAGUUUUUCUGCAGCAUCUUAUCAAACACUUCUUACCUCCUUGACUCCUACACAGUCUAUUUAGUAGUUGUUCCAGAGCUUUCGGCUGUUUCACAAAAUCUGCUCUCAUUCUGCAUAAAAACAAAAAGCUAAAAGGGGUUUUCUGGUUCAGUGACAGCUGAGGUUCUUGAUGUGAUGUAUUUCCCGUUGAGCGAGGUGACCGAGGGGUCAACCUGAAGUAUAAACCGAUCAGCGUUAAGCUACAGAGAGGAAGACAGUGUGAUUGGGUAAACGGGUAAAAAAAGAAUUUGGAUUUUUUUUGUGUUAAAACAGUCUGAGGUUAAACCUGGACUGAAAAAUCCAGAAUGCACAUGACAUAAGUGUGUGGUUCCAGUUUAAGCAAGCUUUUAUUUUGUGGUUUAAUUAAUCACACCUCAUUUCCUAUCUUUUUUUUCUUUUUUUUUUUUUUUUUUUUUUUUUUUUUUGCUGUUAUGUGUCGAUUGAGACUAAAUAAAACUAACUUUAAAGUUAAGGCCUCAGUAUGCUUCGUGUGAAUCAUCCGACGUGACGGUCUGAGACUUUCUCACAGCGCCGUGUUGAGGGUCUUGAUGAGAAGGCGAGUGCAGAACACCUGCUGCUGCUCUCAGGUCUCUUAUUUAGUGGAAAGGUAUGUCCCUUCCUCCCUGAAGCCUCCGGCACCUGAUAUUUACUCCACAGCGCGGAGGCCGACCUCCUCCGUUUCAGCUCCGCGGGUUCUCGCUUCCCCCCGCGGUGAAACCUUGUCAGCCACAAACUGUUUCCAGUCUCAUGAGGAGCUAAUGAACUGAGUGAGCAGAUUAGGCCUUUUCAGCGGUUGGUGUUUAGAAGGGCCGUCCUGUCUUUUGGUCGAUAAUUGGUGUAAUUAAAAAAAAAAAACAUCUUUGGAAACGUUUUUUCAGCUGAGUGCUGAAGAACAGGUCUGGGCGAACAUCUGUGUAUUUUUUUUUUGUGUGUCUACGUUUGUGUGUUUAAGAUGAACGUAUGUUUAUAGUUUCUUUUUGUAAAAGUACAUUAAAUAGCAGCAUAAGAAGAAAAUCGGCAGCUUAAACUCAAACAACUAAAGUUUACAUCGUUUUUUAAUAAAGUCUUUCACACCUGUUAAUAAUUCAUUUCUUGCGCAUCGUUUCAUUCUCACGUUUUCUCUGAAUUAACACUCCCUUCCUCUCCAGAUGUUGACCGCUGUUUCAUGUAUAGUUCGUGUAUACGCAGUGUAGUAACAUGUACAGAGACUCGGUUCCUGUUUAUUUUCUCUCCUUGGAGACUGAAUGUGAUGCUUUUAUUUUGACGCUAUAUAUCUUCAUCUGUGUCUUGCGGUUUUACAGCAGUGACUCUGGAGGCUUUUCCGCUCGGACUCUGACAGUUGGGAUGGAUCCGUCAUUGAUGUGAUUUGUUGGGCCCACCUACAGGAACUGACUCUGCAGCGCUUGGUCCCCUCCUCCCUAAUCUUCUCUCUUUGUCAUCUCGCGCUGCGCGCCGGGAAAAGUCUCCAGCGAACUUAAGCCUCUUAUUCUGUAAUUGCCGGACGGAAGUGAGGAGAUAAGUGCAGUUUGUGCCACUUUUGAGAUUUCGUUUCUCCAGGCUGUCAAUGGGACCGGACGACUGAGGCGAGUCCGUUGCAUCACUUCACCUCGGAGCCGCAGCGAUGGACUGUCGCGCAUACGGUUCGGUGCGCCUCCCGUUCCCUGGAUAUUUACGCAUCGCGCUGCUGUGGCUGCUGCAACUACAAGCGUUCGCGCAACAUGCUGCCCAGAGUUCACCUCACUCGGCGCCAGAGUGUUCCCCAGAAGGCCAUCAGACUUUGCAUAAUCCCUACCGGAGCGUCGACUUCGACUCCACAGAGAUCCAGAACACCGCCAUCCAGGAUCUGAUCUGUGACCACUCGAUGUCCCCGGGCUGGUACAGAUUCAGGAUCGACAACAAGCCGGCGGAGAUGCCGACCAGCUGUGUUGAGAUGAACCGCUGUGGCACACAGGCUCCGGUGUGGCUGUCGCUGAAGGACGCCUCCCUGCCGCGGCCCGGCCAGGUGCGCCAGCUCUCCGCCUGCGCCACCUGGCAGUUCUUCCACGGCAGCGCCAAAGACUGCUGCCUCUUCCGCAUCCCCAUCUCGGUGCGGAACUGCGGCGACUUCCUGCUCUACUACCUGCAGCCCACGCAGGGGUGCAUGGGAUACUGCGCUAAAGUUGCUCCCGAUUCGGCACCAAGACUUUGCCCACCGGGUGAGCUGGAAGUCAACGGCCGAUGCGAAGUUGCCGUCCCGUCCCUGCCCUCCCGGCCGGUGAUCGCUCCGGAGCUGAUCGGCCACAGCGUCCGCCUCAGGUGCUCCUUCAUCCCACCGCCGUGGAGCCAGCCGCUGGGCUUCCAGGUGGUUUGGGCCAGACACAUCGGCCACAGCAUGAAGGCUGAGAUCAGGCAGGAAUCCACGCUAAAGCCCUUCUCUCUGGUGGAGAUGGAUGGCGUUCACUUCAGGCUAGGAGAAACGUUCUCCUGCAGCGUGGCCACUGUCAGAGCCAACUCCAGCACAGACAGAUCUCCCCCAAAGGAAAGUGAGAGUUUCUAUGCCGGACUGAAGUUCUCUCCAGACUCGCUCCACAUAGCGGAGAACAGGAAGGAGCACGAGGUGACCGUGCACAGCACCGUGCCCGUCCCCUGCUUCUCCCCCGACGGCGGCCACCAGUGUGGAGUCCCUUUGGCUCUGAGCGUCCACGACCCAGACGGUCUCGGACACGAGGCCUCCAAUGUGGCGCUGUCCGCCUGCCAGGUGGAGCUCCGGCCUAACGCCUGCAGCGAAGGCAGCUGCGGUCGGGCGACGUUUUUUGUCACCGCUGUCACCGAUUUCACACGAGAUGGGAACCGUCCGAGUCUGGUCGGUGCUCUGCCCGCACUCGGCGCACCGCGACUCUGGAGGAGCUACGUCCCAGUGUCCCUGAAAGUCACGGUCCAGGACGUUCCUACUUCCAUCUGCUACUCUCUGACUGACCCGCAUGUCAUUACAUUGGAUGGCAGGCGUUAUGAAAACCACCAGACUGGCACCUUCGUCCUCUACCGGAGCCUCGUCAGGGAUUUCGAGGUGCAUUCUCGCCAGUGGGACUGUGGCGGCCGACGCUACGCUGUCGCUUGUAACUGCGGCGUUGCGGUGCGAGAGGGAAAUGAGGUUGCCGUCUUUGACAUGUGCGAUGGUCAGCCGCAGGAGACCAGGCCGCAACUCGCCCUGAAGAACGUCGGUGACGAGGAGGGCGCUCGGGUCAGGGUCCUGGAGUCCCACCGGGGGAAGAAGGUCACCUUGCUCUUUCCCUCCGGAGCCUUUGUUAGGGCAGAUGUUGGUGAUUGGGGGAUGAGCCUGUCCGUUCGGGCGCCCAGCGUCGACUACGGCAACACACGAGGCCUCUGCGGCACCUUCGACCGCAAUGGCAACAAUGACUUCCGCAGCUCUGAUGGUCUCUCCUAUGGCCCCGAUGACCUGCAUCGCUUCAUAGAGGACUGGAGGAUAGCUCCAGGUGAGAGUUUAUUUGACAGGACGCCCCAUGGGACGGCACAGGAGUUCAGGAGGCCGUUCUGUCAGUGCCAGCAGGGAUACAGCACUUCUCAUCACGCUAGCAGCGGGAUGAGGAACCUCUACGAUCCUUCCGCUCACUCCGCCUGCAUAUCUUACAAUAAUGUGGAUUACACAUCUGUGUUCCCGUCCAUGGACACCACAGUGGAAUACAUCAAGAGUCCAGAAAGAGAGGAAAGCAUCCUGGAUACAUCUGCCUUUAUCAGUCAUCCUCCGGAGAGGAGGCACAUUGGGUUUCACCAUGAGGACAAUCCAAAAAGUGAUGGUGAUCUUGAGUUAGACGGUGAGUUCGAGGAGGAUCAUCUGCUUUCCGUCGACAGGCAGAGGAGACAGGCGUCAUUUGAAUUCCGGCCUGUCUUUGCUGCUCAAAGCUUCACUCAGGCUGAUCUGGAGAAAUUCGCUUACUUUUUCCCCGAGGAUCACCUGGCAGAGGCCCGACCGGAGGUGCGACCCCGGUGGCCCACGCCGAGCGGCCUUACCUCGGCCAAAGCUCUGGAGGUGUGCCGGAUGGCUUUGGCCGACUCCACCGUCGGCGCGGUGUGCCGGGGGCUGCUGGGACGCCGCCUGGACGAGGCGGUGGAUCUCUGCAUCCUGGACCUGCAGCUCAAAGACGAUUUGGGCUGGGACGAGGCUCUGCUGCCGUACCUGGAGAAUGAGUGCGAGAGACGGUUGCUGGAGAACCGGACCCAGAGAGCUUUGGAGGUGGCAGGUCCUCCGGGAGCGUACGGGGAGGUGAUGAUGGCUCUGCGCUGCCCAAACUUCUGCAAUGGAAAUGGGGAGUGUACGGAAUGGGGCUGCCAGUGUUACCCCGGCCACAGCUUCUACGACUGCAGCCUGGCCAUCGGCCAGCCAGUGGAGAUAACAGAUCUUGAGAACGGUGGACUAUGUGACAUCCGAUCCUUUGAUUGUCGCAACGUCCGAGUCUUCGGCCUCGGCUUCGUCGACUCUCCGGACCUCAGCUGUCACGCCACUAGACUGAAGUACAUGAACGGGGUUUGGGUUGCGGGGGAAAAACAGAGAACAAAAGCCACCUUCCUCAGCUCCAAAGCUUUAGACUGUGCCGUCCCAUCCUUGAGCAACACCGCCGUCAAUACAGAGGAUUUCAUGAUGGAUGACAAACCAUACGCACGCUGGGAGAUUAAGGUGACCAAUGAUGGCUCCCAGUACAGCCAGGCCAAGGUUCUGACAAUCUACGACGGUGUUUGCCAGGUCUGCGAGGCCUCGCGCUCAGGACUCUGUAAGUUAAAGGAGCGGACGUGUAACAUCGAUGGGAUGUGUUUUGCAGAGGGAGACUCCAAUCCCAGCAGCCCCUGCCUCCUCUGUGACCCGGACACCUCCCAGUUCACCUGGUCUGUGAACCAAGUCAACGCGCCCCCGGCCUUCCACCGGCCUCAGAGCAACCUGCGAACAUUUGCCGGGGAGAACUUCGUCUUCCAGUUUGCUGCGUCGGACCCCGAAGGCUCGGCGCUCCUCUUCCAACUGGAGGAGGGUCCGGGGGGCGCUGUCCUCUCCCCCGCCGGUCUCCUUAUCUGGAGGGUCCCGGUGCUUCCGGAGGAGAGGGGGCGUCGCUCGAGACGCUCGUUCCGCUUCGCGCUGUCCGACGAGUGCAACGCCCAGAGCACCUUCACUGUGGAGAUUGAUGUGGUGCCGUGUGGCUGUCAAAAUGGAGGCACUUGUGUGACGGAUGUCAACUUCCCCGCCGGCAGCGGGAAAUACCUGUGUGUGUGCCCUGAGGGGAAACGGGGAGAGCGCUGCGCCGAGGACGUGGACGAGUGUUUGUCGGCUCCGUGCACCGUCGGCAAGUGCGUCGACACGGCCGGCGGGUACAGAUGCGAGUGUCCUGCAGGGCUGAGAGGUAUCGCAUGCCUGGAAGACAUCAACGAAUGUGAGAGAAAACCCUGUUUCCCAGGAGUCCAGUGCUUCAAUAGCUUUGGCUCCUAUGGCUGCGGCCCCUGCCCCAAAGGCAUGGUGGGAAAUGGGACGAAAUGCACGGCAGUCCUCAGGCCGGCCACCGUCACUCCCGCAUCCGCUCCUCGUACAACGGUCUACAAGAUACCAGAUGUUCCGCUGCAACCUCCCAAAAUAAAGACAGACACUUUCCGGAAGACCUCGAGCGGUAGCUCCCCACAGACGAGGGCUGAGGCGGGGAGGACGAUUCCAAGAAUUGACCCGGGCCGAUCGCAAGCUAAGACCGCCGCUUGGAGAAAGACUCCGGGAAUUAGCCCGAAUCCAACCCUGACAAAGGUGGAAACCAGCGAGAGCGUCACAGCGGUUGCAUCAAGCGUCUCCCAAACAACGACAGACGCUUUGAGAAAAACCCAAGGAAUUAACCUCAGCCCAUCCAGCAGCAACACAAACACUAUGAAGAACAGCUCAGGAAUGACAUCAGACCAAGUCGAGCCUGAUCAGCCCAAAAUCAGCAACACUAUUAUCAAGACACCGACAGCAGCGGGAAAUGGCGGACCGGCUGCAGGAUCGGUUCAGAUUCUGGCCGCCGACGCGGCGGCUACGUGUGCCGGCAGGCCCUGCUUCCCCGGGGUUCAGUGCAUCAACCGCAGGCCGCCACACGUCGGCUACGUCUGCGGCCGCUGCCCGCCCGGCCUUUACGGCAAUGGACGUGUCUGUAUGAAGAACGCCAAGGCGGCAUCCAAUCACCUCCCUCGGCAGCAGACAGUCAGCAAGACCGGCCGAUCCCCGCACGGAGGUGGCAGCAAAGUCUCCCAGCUCCACCUGCCCGACCUGCCCAGCAGACACGCCAUCAAACACCUGUCCUUGUCUGUCACCAGACCCAAUCAAGAUAAUGCACCACGCCAGGUUUCCGCAUCAGGCAGGGGAGGUGGUACUGGCCGGAGAGAGGCGGUCACUGCUUCCAGAGUUGUUACAAAAACAUUAGUGAGCCCCUUGCAUGUCACUGCGAACACUCACAUCAUCCACCACAGCACCAACUCUAGAUCAGACGCCAGGACACACGCGAGAACUAGCAUCACUGCCUCCAGAGAGUUUGUCGUCCCCCAUGCGACUGUCUCCAAGUCUGAAGCAGCACUGACGGGUGCCACGCCUCUGAAGGUAACUCCUCCUCCUCCUCCUCCUCCUCCUCCUCCUCGUGAAGUGACACAGUCCAAACAGGCGACCCAGCCUCAGCUCAACCACCUGGCAUCCACCCAGGCCAAACCCUGGACCCCUCCGAGACCUGUCCUCCCACUUACAGCGGCCCUCACCGCUCUGUCCUACUCUCUGUCCGAGUCGGAGUUCUCAGCAGACGGAGACGAGGCUGAGCCUGGGUCAGAAAGCUCAGAGAUGCUGCAGGUGGUCCCGGCGUUGGCCUUCACAACACCAGGCAAGACGGUCUACAGCUCCCCGCAACAGAGAGCCACCCCCGUCCGACCAGGUGUUAGGAGUGGUACCACGGCCGACAAACAGGCGACGACCUGCGCUGACCUUCCGUGCUUCCCUGGCGUCCAGUGUGAACCGACCGUGGAUGGGUUCAGCUGUGGGAGGUGUCCCGUAGGAUACACUGGUGACGGACGCGCCUGUCGAGCCGUCUGCAGACAUACAUGCGGCAGGAACAUGGUGUGUGCUGCGCCAAACACCUGCCGCUGCAAACCAGGCUACACUGGAUUAGACUGUCAAACAGCCAUCUGUGAUCCAGAGUGUAUGAACGGGGGCGCCUGCAUCGCUCCGGGUGUGUGUCGGUGUCGGAGAGGCUUUCAUGGAGAGACGUGUCAGGAAGCUCUGUGCAGGUCGCCGUGUGAGAACGGAGGCACCUGCGUGGGACUGCAGACUUGCUCCUGUCCUUAUGGGUUUGUCGGACCUCGGUGUGAAACCAUGGUGUGUAGCCGCCACUGUCACAACGGAGGCCAGUGUGUGUCUCCAGAUGAGUGCAGGUGUCUUUCAGGCUGGAAUGGACCAUCCUGUGACACUGCUCUCUGCUCUCCCGUCUGUCUGAACGGAGGCUCGUGUGUCCGGCCGAACAUCUGCGAGUGUCCUCGUGGUUUCUACGGAGCACAGUGUCAGAACGCCGUCUGCAGUCCUCCCUGUAAGAAUGGUGGUGUCUGUAUGAGGAACAACAUCUGCUCCUGUCCGCAGGGAUACACCGCGAGGCGCUGCGAGAAAAGUGUGUGCGAGCCCAUGUGUAUGAACGGCGGCAGGUGUGUCGGUCCAGAUGUUUGCGAUUGCCCGUCAGGCUGGCGAGGGAAGAGAUGUGAUAAACCCAGCUGUCUGCAGAAGUGUUUGAAUGGAGGGGAGUGUGUGGGUCCCAACACCUGCCACUGCGCACCGGGGUGGCAAGGCAUGCUGUGCCAGAUCCCCCUCUGUGAACAGAAGUGUCUGUACGGCAGUCGAUGUGUCCGACCUAAUGUCUGCGCCUGCCGGAGCGGAUACUCAGGUUCUCUCUGCUCCGGGAGGCUCCCUAUCGCCCAAGGUUAAGAUCCAAUCAGAACCAGCAAACACCGAUCAAUACAGACAAACCCUUUAGGUCAUCCAGAGCCAUCGGCACAGAGUAUCAUCAAGAGAAAAAACCAGAGGGUCUUAAUUCUCUCCACUGGAUUACACUGCAAAGUUCAAACUCCAGGAAAUCACUCAAAUUCUUUUCAAACCAAGCCCAGUAAAGUCUGAGUCCAAAAGUCAGUUUCGUCUCUGUGUGUCCAGCACAGGACCUGGCUCAGCACUUAAACUGGAAACAGAGGGGAAACUACUUUUGUGCUUAUUGCAGUUACUUCUUGACCGACUGUCCCGCAUCUCUAGCUGCGGCAAGGGUUGUCAGUGUAUAAAUUCCAAUACUGCCAAACUGUUAGAACAUGGUUUUCACAGUUUCCCCUUGCUUCCAGUCUUUGUGCUAAGCUAGGCUAAUGAGACACUGACAGACAGAGAUAAAGACUUUUUUUAUUUACUUUUGCUACACAUGUAUUCUGCAGACAGGAAAUGGGGGAAACCUGAAUUUCACCAUUUAGUAUUCGGCACACGGUUCUUCCUUCAUCGGUAACAUUGAUCAUUUUGAAUCUGCAGUGGAGGUCGUUCUCUCCUCUAGAACACUUUAUACGUUUCGCUGUAAACGCCAUCCUGUUCAGGUUCUACACUUCAAACCCAAACCUCUGUAUGAGUAUUUAUUUAUUUGGUUGUUUUAUACUGUCCUAUAUUUCUUGUUGUAUAUAUCUUAAUCACUGUAUAAUCUAUAUUAUUUCUUAUUAAAGCAUUGUUUAUUGGUUGUUUUGUCAGAAAACAAAUAAAAAACCUAUUAAGGUAUUGAUUUCUUCACAUUUCGUUUAAGGUAUGGAGAGCGGCUUUAAUUAUUUAGACUUAUUUUUUUAAAACUGUUAAUAAUUUUUUAAGGUUUGUUGAACUGAAGCUCUGUGGUCAAACUUGAUAUUUGCAUUCUUUGGUGUGGAAUGAACCGAAAGACGGAUACUUUUGUGUUUGGUUUGUUCGGUGACAACUGAAGUCAACCAGGAUUCGGGUGAAGUCAAAUGACUAGUUCCAUGUUGAGACUAUGUGUUUUUCCCUUUUGCGAAGGUCUGUGUGUUUGAAUAGAUGAUCAUAGAGUCAUACAAUUUGAUGUGAUGAGACACAGGCUACACGUUGGAGUCUGAUCAAUCACGGCUUGUGAUUGUACUGUGUCAUGAACACAAUUGUCAAACUCAAUGAGAAAAGACACAAAAUUCUGACAUGCUAGUUUUUUUUUGUUAGGAAAUUUUCCCAAGUGAAGUUUGGGUUUUCCCCUAUCUUAAACUAACCCUAUCCAUGUGAGCGGAUGAUAACACCCAAAGGUGGUGUGUUGCAAAGAGGAGGGGCCCCAGCACCAAGCCUUAGGGCGCCCCUGUGGGGAGGCAAUGGGAUAUAGACGUGUGCUGUGAAAACAUAUCAGAGAGUACGGAUGCAGGAUGUGGAAGUUCGAUGUGUUAAAGGCUGCUGAUUGGUCCGGCAAGAUCAGAAGUGAGGACUGAGCUGCAGCC